AUGGACGCCGCCUACUUGAGCGCUCGCCAGACUGUGGUCAACUCGAAUGACCUCCCUCCCGGCUGGGUAAUACAGAAUGGACGGGCGAUUCCAUGGUGGUACAGUCGGACGGGCGUCAUCGUAAAGUGGUCCGUCUUCCUCGGCCUGACGACCCUCUUCGCAGCCUUCCUCAUCAUAGGCUACGCCCACGGCAAGCGCCGCCUGAGAAAGGGCCUCCUGCCCCUGGGCUACCACCGCUGGCUCUUCAGCCGCGCCCAGCUCGCCCGCGUCGACAGCCGCUACGCCUGGCCCGCCGCCACCUACAACACCUACCGCCCCGAGUACUACAACACCCACCCGCAGGCACAGGGCGGCGGCUACUACGGCAUGCAGGGGAUGCCGCCCCCGACCUACGAUCCCAACUCGGCCCGGCCCCCCAUGUACGCGCCCCCCGACGGCGGCAGCAAGGUCGACCCGUCCCAGGAGUACGGCGUCACGCCGCCGCAGCCCUCUGUUGCGGCGAACCACACCGGUCAGCCGUACCCGUACAGGGCGCAGUAA